AUGUUCGUCGAUUUUCUGAGAUCUCUUUUCCGACUUAGGAAGACUAAUGUCAGUAUUCUACUGCUGUUGACUUAUCUUACUGUUGGAUUGAUAUACUUUUAUGAUCAUGAGCAUUACAAGCACGUCACACCUGAACAAAGCAGAUUUAAAGAUGCACCUCAAUUAGUUGAAGAUGCUUGGUUAAAUUUACAAAAUAUUACUUAUAGUUAUCACCCCUACUUCUCUAGAGACAAUAAUAGGGUUCACGAUUAUCUAUUGAACAAAAUCGAAGCAAUCGCGCAAAGGUCAGUCCAUGUGAGCGUCUCUGAUGAUGCUUCUAACAACAGGUCCGUCCUCUUAAGGAACUCCUUUGUAGACGGCGGUGCCGUCUAUUUUGAAUCCUCCAAUAUUGUAGUUAAAAUUGAAGGUAAAAACACUGACCUGCCUGGAUUGCUGUUGUCGGCUCAUUAUGAUGGAGUUCCCACUAGUCAUGGUGCUACCGAUGAUGGGAAAGGUGUGGUAUCACUCUUAGGUAUACUUGAUCACUAUUCCCGGCACCAACCAGAAAGGACCUUAGUAUUCAAUUUUAACAACAAUGAAGAAUUCGGACUUUUGGGUGCUGUAGCCUUCAUGGAGCAUCCGUGGUCUAAACUGGUGCACUAUGUGAUCAAUCUAGAAGGUACUGGUAUUGGCGGUAAGGCUGUCCUGUUCCGUACUUCUGACGUCUCUACGGCAAAAAUAUACCAAAACGCUGUGAAGUCUAAUCCAUUCGGGAAUUCAUUGUUCCAACAGGGCUUUUAUGAAGGAGGUGUAGGUAGCGAAACCGAUUAUAGAAUUUACGAGAGUAAUGGGCUACGUGGAUUCGACAUUGCUUUUUACAAACCAAGAGAUCUUUACCAUACUACAAAAGAUUCUGUUCAGUACACUUCAAGGGAGGCCCUCUGGCACAUGUUUCACACAGCAUGGCAAUUAACAGAGUAUAUUGCACGAGAGCCCAUAGAUAAUGAUGAUGAUUUUACUCCCGCUGUGUUUUUCGAUGUGGCAGGUCUCUUCUUCUUCUCGACUAGCUCUAAAACAUUGUUCAAAUGGUGUUGUGUAAUUUUGGUUGUUCUUCCCGUAAUAGCCUUUAACUUUGAUGUGAUUUCAUUUAGUCAAAAGCGUUCAAGCUACAAUCAAAGGCAUCGUUGGGGGGUAUCAAUCCGCUUGCCGCUGUCCUUUGCCAGUUCUCUCUUACUUCUAAGGUUCACUGAAAGAUUAUUAUCAUCUCACAACACUUUCAUCCUGUCUCGAGGUCAUUUGACACCACUUAUUGCGUUAGCUACAGAAUUCAUUUUGAGCAACUACCUGAUCCUAUCGUUUUUCGAAUACCUUUUACCCACGAGAGAUUUUAAGACAACUGCCCUUAGACAAGUAGCCAUUUUAACUUGGAUCGUACUCUUCGUUUGUACUAUGAAGCUUUACAAAUCUGAAUACAAAUACACGGGGAUCUAUGGUAUUGUCAUCUUAUACUCUUUCGUUUCAUUAGCAGGGAUCAUAGGGUUAUUCGGAAGGGUUCUGAAAGGAAAUAUUUCAAGAGAGUCCACAGACAACAAGGGCGAUUCCUCACGUCCCUAUGGUUCACAUGGAGUAGAUGAAGAACAGCAGAGAUCAGGAACAUCAGCAAUAGAGGAAUCUGCGGGAAAUUUAGAAGAUAGUAAUAACGAGGGCCCUCUUGAUGUUUCCACUACGAACAACAGCGAACAUAUCGAUGCAGAAGAAAGAGCUCCAUUGUUAGGUUCAAAUCCUCCAAGUGUUGCUGAUCAGCCUGGAAUCACUAAUACUUUGAAAAUCAAAGCAGUUUCUGUAGUGAAUUAUGAUUGGAGUCUCCAGUUUCUCAUUGCAGUGCCCAUCACCACGUUUAUUGUCUUUGGGUGCGUGGAUUUGGGUUUAGAUGCACUAAAACAAACUAUCCAAGAAGGUGCGGUGGCUACGGUACAUGUGUGGAAUCUAGUGUUUUUAGGUGGGAUUCUUUUAACUUUACCGGUAUUACCAUUUGCAUACAAGUUUAACUACUUAACCGCCAUGUCAUUUUUAGUUGCAUUUGCAACUACUUUAAGCCUUUGUUUCCUACAGAGUCCCUUCACUGAGGGAGCACCUUUAAAGGUGAGGUUUUCUCAAGAGAUUAAUAUUAAUAAUGGUACUGAUGCAAUUGUUAAUGUGUAUGGUAGGAAAGGUGGAUUUCUACAACCAAUGUUGCAGGACUUGCCAAGUGUCAAGCAGAUGAGUAAAGAUGUAUGGUGUCAGGAUGAGCUUAACGGUAUGGAAAGAUGUUUAUAUGUUGGGUACCAACCUAAUCCGCUUGAUUCUCAAAGACCAGUUUCGACUGAAGACAUUUUUUCCCUUAAAGUGGUUAGCAAUGAUAAAAAUGAUCAUGAUAGAUCUAGAUAUGCACCCAUCAAUGCCGAAUUGGAAAUUAAUGUAAGAGAAAAUCGUGGUUGUACCCUGUGGUUCAAAAAUCAACAUUUGGAUCGUCCACCUGUAAGACAAUUAACAGUCCGUCAUAGUGAUAACACUAGUGAUUUAAUUAAAUCGAGCCAAGGAUUUACACAGUUACAGUUGCACAAAUUAGACUUCGACCAACAGAAAUACCGUGUAGGCAUACAAUGGUUACCCAAAAUACUUCUCAUGGACGGUCAAGAAGAUGAAGACAACGACCAACUGGAUAUGCAAGUAACUUGCUACUGGGGGGAAUAUGAUUCCGAAUCGUUGGUAAAUGGUCAACAUUUGAGGAAGCUACCUGCCUUUGAUGAACUCUUGCAGUAUUCACCACUAAACGUUUCCUACGCUAAUAGAGAUAGGGGGCUUUUAACUAUUACUCAAAGUAUUGAACUCUAA